GUUCUGUAUCCAAAGACCUGUUAGAUUCUAAGACGAUGGAUUCCCUUGGUGUACUUGUACUUUUGGCGGUAGGAUGUUUGCUGCCGUCCCUCAUCUUAGCUCACGGUCGUCUGAUCAUGCCUCCGUCCAGAAGCUCCAUGUGGAGAUACGGGUUUCCUACCCCCAGGAACAACAUGGACAUGCAGCUCUGGUGUGGAGGAAAAUGGAAUCAAUGGGGUCAUAACGGAGGGAAGUGUGGUGUAUGUGGGGACCCUUACCAACAGAAACCACGUGAAAACGAGGCUGGCGGAAAAUACGCCACGGGCAUCAUUUCCAAAUGUUAUCCUUACAAUUCAUCUGGACAAACAGUGACCAUUAAGGUCGAAUUAACAGCCAAUCAUCUGGGUUAUUUCGAAUUCAGACUGUGUGAACAUAACGACACAAGUACUCCGAUAUCACAGUCCUGUUUAGACGGGAACCUUCUGAGAUUUUCGGACAACACCACGAGAUAUAACGUCCGAGACGGUGUCUACGGUGUGAUCAAUCUUCAGCUGCAAGUUCCGGCUACAGUUCUGUGUACUCAGUGUGUGCUGCAAUGGAAGUACAACACAGGUAACAGUUGGGGCUGUGACGGAGGUGGAUGUGGAAUGGGUCGCGGCAUGCAGGAGCAGUUUUACGGAUGCGCAGACAUUGCCAUUCUUCGAAGCUGCGAUCACUUCACUGGACUCGAACACCAUUCAAUCUUUCCCAAUAUCCCAAAUUUUUUCAUAGGGAACAUAUUUUAAAGGAUAUGUGUCUAUAUGACGCUCAAAAGGAUUCACUCAUCUGUGAUACAAGAUUUCAUACUGGCAUAGCCAAAGACAUAUACAUGCAAGAUAUCAUUUCCUAUUUUUUGCAAUGUUAUUCUCAUUUUAACAUGUCUGUCUAGUCAUUAUACGCCAUUUAAAGUUUGACACAAAAUUAUUUGAUUUUUUUUCGUGGUUUGUUCGUUGAUCGCUUUAAGAAAAUAAAGAAGUACAGUGCA